AUGGGUGCCUACAAGUACCUUGAGGAGCUGUACAAGAAGAAGCAGAGCGAUGUGCUCCGUUUCCUGCUUCGUGUUCGCUGCUGGGAGUACCGUCAGUUGAACGUGGUCCACCGCGCCUCGCGCCCGUCGCGCCCUGACAAGGCUCGCCGCCUUGGCUACAAGGCCAAGCAGGGCUACGUGAUCUACCGUGUGCGUGUCCGCCGCGGUAACCGCAAGAAGCCUGUUUCGAAGGGUGCCACCUACGGUAAGCCGGUGCGCCAGGGUGUGAACCACCUCAAGCCCCAGCGCUCGCUCCGCACCCUCGCUGAGGAGCGCGUUGGCCGCAAGGCUUCGAACCUGCGUGUCCUCAACUCGUACUGGGUGAACCAGGACGGUGUGUACAAGUACUUUGAGGUCAUCUGUGUCGACCCGCAGCACAAGGCGAUCCGCCGCGACCCGCGCAUCAACUGGAUCGCCAACGCCGUUCACAAGCACCGUGAGUCGCGUGGCCUCACUUCCGCCGGCAAGAAGAGCCGCGGUAUUGGCAAGGGCCACCGCUUCAACAACACCCACGGUGGUGGCAAGAACGCGACCUACCGCAAGCACCAGACCCUCCAGCUCAGGCGCUACCGUUAA